GUUUGUGACGCACGUUCAGACGGUUUUAGGUCGCUGCUGGAGCGCUUCGCUAAGCAGGCCGGAGGGCUAUUAUGAAGCCCUUGGUAGAUUCUGUAGGGAAAUUUGCAUAGACAUUUAAUUAGGAGGUGUUUCGUUGCUUAUUUGAGGGAGGGGAAACCGACGCUAUUAGGGCCACGUUUUAUCCGUUGUGUUUUAAAGUAGUUAGCCGUAGUGCUAACGAGCGACACGGUUGCCCUUAGGUCAUCUGCUUCGUAUCGAGCGAAAAAAACCACGGAGUGCCGUUAUAUGAUCCAGUACCCGGCGCCAGUGCUGUCCUCCAUGUGGGUCAGGGACCUGUGUGUGUCGGACUAUGGCGAGAAAAACAGUUAGCAGGAAAAGGAAGGCGGCAGAGCCCAAGGAACAACAGCUGGGCUGGUGCCAUUCGACUUACAAGCGUCUGCGCUCUUCCGACACCUCUUCAUCGCGGCAGCCGCGGCGAUCAUGGCGCCAGCAGCGCUCUGUGGUGUGCGCCCUCCAAGGCCGGGAAUUUCAGCCACGGCAGCAGCAUGAACGGCAUCUCCAGCGCAGUCUGCGGGGAUUUGCUGCUGCCCGACUGCCUGCCAUGCUGAGAGAGAGGGAGUUCUCCCUAGGAUGCCUCAACAAGGUGUUCGCGUCCCAGUGGCUCAACCAUCGGCAGGUGGUGUGUGGAACCAAGUGCAACACGCUCUUUGUCGUGGAUGUUCUGACUGGACAGAUCACCAAAAUACCCAUGCUUAAGGACAGGGAGGUCCAUGAUGGGGGGCUAGGGUUUGGGGUUUCUUCAGUGUCUGGAAUAGAUCAGCAGGGUUGUGGAAUCCAUGCCAUCGAGAUAAAUGCUUCAGGGACCUUCCUGGCCACCGGUGGAGACAAUCCAAACAGUCUGGCUAUCUACAGUUUGCCAACGCUAGACCCUGUUUGUGUAGGAGAUGAUGGACACAAUGACUGGAUCUUCUCCAUUGCGUGGAUUAGUGAUACGAUGGCUGUGUCUGGGUCACGGGAUGGCUCCAUGGGGCUGUGGGAGGUGUCAGAGGAGGUGCUUAGUCUAAGGAAUGGUUGCCAGGAUGAUGGAGUCCCCAGUUACUCUCACAUCUCCCACCGUGCCCUGGAAGACCUCCCUAAGGAGUACACUAACCCCUACAACUGCAAAGUGCGUGCACUUGCCUUCAACAACAACAACAAGGAACUGGGGGCUGUGUCCCUGGAUGGCUAUUUCCACCUGUGGGAAGCAGAGCAUAGUCUGUGCAAGCUGCUCUCGACUAAGCUACCACACUGCAAAGAGAACGUGUGCCUGGCUUACGGGGAGGAAUGGUCCGUUUAUGCCGUCGGGUCUCAGGCACAUGUGUCCUUUCUGGAUCCUCGCCAACCUCUUCACAACAUCAAGUCUGUGGACUCUCAGGAACAGGGCAGUGGCAUCCGGUCUGUGAGUUUCUACGAACACGUUGUGACGGUGGGCACAGGCGAAGGGUCCCUACUAUUCUACGACAUCCGCGCCCAGCGCUUCAUAGGAGAGACGUCCAUCUCCAACUGCGGAUGCUGGUCUCGCACAGGAGAGGGGAUCCUUAAGCUAACCACCGGAAAGGGCUGGCUGAACCACGACGAGACAUGGAGGAGUUACUUCUCAGACAACAGCUUCUUUCCCAAUGCUGUGUAUACGCAUUGCUACGACGCCUCCGGAACAAAGCUCUUUGUGGCUGGUGGCCCCCUUUGCUCUGGUCUUCAUGGGAAUUAUGCCGGGUUGUGGAACUAGCGCAUAAGUGUAUAAUCAUCAUGCCUUUAUACAGCAUUUCCAUCAGCCCUUUUUUCUGUUUCCCCCUUCACUGUUCUGUCAUUGAAAAUGACAUUCUCAUGCCACAAAAAUCUGUUUCCAGUGAUGCUUUCUUUAUGCAUUGUUCUCCCUCAGAAACCGCAUUAGAUAUUUUCUUUUGAUUUAUGAAGUUUGGUUAUGUAUUUAAAUGAUAUACUAAUCUGUUUGCCUAGUGGAAGGUCUUUGCUUACCUCAUAUGGCUUUAUGUUUAGACAGAGAAGGGGGGGGGGGGGCGCUUCGGACACAACUCACCGAAUUUUUUUCUUCUUCUAAAUGGGGAGGAAAGCAUCAGGAAAAAUGAAUAAGCUUCUUGCCAGAUUCUUGAAGAUUUUAAUAUAUUUAUAUUUUGGCUUAAAGAAAAUGUGUGGUUUUUCCCUCUCUUUUAUUGUGUUCAGUGCUUUUAGCAGAAUCUAUUUAGUUAAUUCCUAAGGGAGACUUAAGGAUGAUUGCAGGUCUUGGAAAGGUGGAAUAUAAAGAAAGGAACAUCAGAAUAAUGAGAUGAUUUAAUCAGGCACCUCUGACCUUCUGCACUGUCUGUGUUUUGAGGUCCCUGUUCUCCUACAGUCUUUCAAUCCUGCAGUGAUUUUAUUUGCUAUUUUAGAGUGGGACCAUGAGAUGGAGGGAAACGUUUUUUUUUUUUUUUUUUUUUGGACUUUGUAAGAUUUUGGACUUGAGUCCCCCACCAAAUUUUUACUAUGAUUCAUUUUUCAUAAUCAUUGUUUAUUUUUAUUGUUCUUAAUUGUCAGUUAUUUAUUAUAGCCUCCCCUUUUCUGACAGGUGUCUCCACUAUAAUCACCCAGUAUAAUCUUGUGGUGUGUGUGUGUGUGUGUCUGUCUGUGUGUCUGUCUGUGUUCUCAUGGAGCUCCCUUUUCCCAUCAAGCUGUUCUGUCCUCCAUUACUUAGUAGGCCUCAGUCUUUCUGUGAAAGACUAACCCUGGCUGACAUUUGUCUUUUAUGAAGUUAUUUGUAUAAUAAACACACACUAUUACAGCCACAUGUCAAAUAACCAUCACUUUUAUAAAACUUUUAAAUUGUGUGCAAAUAUUACACAUGCAUACAGUUAAGAUUUUGUUAUGCCUGGUUUUCUGUAUCCACAACCAUGUUUUUACAAAUGAAGUGAAGAAAUUACGUCGAGCAAAACAAAGUAUUUAAAAUAAAAGACUACUGAUGUACCUUUUUCUAUUGAA